AUGACCUUCUUCUAUUUCAAAUUUCAUCCUCUGUGUGGAAAGUUGAAAAUUACACACCUUGCUUUUGCUGAUGACCUUCUUCUAUUAAGUAGAGGAGACAUAUACUCUAUCCAAAAACUAUAUCAGUGUGUAAAGGACUUUGGUGAAAUUUCUGGAUUGGAAGCCAACCCUUCUAAGUAUGCUAUUUUCUAUGGUGGCAUUGAAGAAGAUGUUAAAGCAUCUAUCAACAGUUGCCUCGGAUUUCAUGAGGGUUCCCUGCUAAUUAAGUAUCUUGGUGUACCUUUAAUAUGCAAGAGGCUAUCCUACAUUGAUUGCACUCCCCUUUUUAAGAAGAUUACUAAUCAAUUCCAGUUCUGCCUGAAAAAUCAAAAACUGACUUUUGCUGGUAGGCUUCAGAUCAUUAAAAGUGUGGUUUACAGAUUGCCCCUAGUUGCUUGGGACAAAAUUUGUAAGGAGAAGAAGUGUGGUGGUUUGGGAAUUUUUUCUGCAAAAACUUGGAACUUGGUUUUAGCUUUAAAAACUAUUUGCAUGAAAGUUGGUGAUUCUUGGAUGUGGAAACAAUUGCUCAAAGCCAGGGACAAAGCAAUUAUUAUCUGUGGAGGCAUAGAAAAUCUGAAGAGUUACAUCAGUUCAUGUUGCAAAAAUUCAAAAAUCCAGUUGUCGAAGCUAUACUCAGCCAUAUCUCUUGUUGCUGGCAAUGUAAACAGGAAACAAGAAAUCAUCUUUUCUUUGAUUGUCUCUGCUCUAAUGGGGUAUGGAAUAACAUCAUGGAUUGGCUCAAAUUUAAAUGGAAGGCUUGUGAUUGGAUAUGUAAUGUUGGAUUGA